AUGGAUCCGAGCUACAAAGCUCGCAAGGAGGCAUUCGUGUCAAACCUUGCUGGAAGCACAAUUCUUGAAAUCAAUGCAGUCACUCUCGUUGCCUCAACAUCUGUCCUUCUCUGGUCAGCUCUUCAAUCCCGAUUGUCCUUUUUUACACCCUACGGGCCUGCGGCACUCGUCACGGAUUUCCUUCUCAAUGUUCUGGCCAUCUUGUUCGCGACAACAGCAUACUCCUCGGCGCCGCUCCUCCUCAACGUCUUCCUCGUCUCCCCCGCCGAAGAAUCCCUGCUACCCGUCCACCCAUUCUUGACGACAUAUCGCGCAGCCAUGAUGAUCGUCACCUGUGUUGCUAUUUUGGCUGUCGAUUUUCGUGCUUUUCCUCGCCGUUUCGCCAAGGUUGAGAACUGGGGAACUUCUCUGAUGGACUUGGGGGUUGGAUCUUUCGUUUUCUCCGCUGGAGUUGUUUCUGCACGAGCGGUUCUCAAAGGCCGCAACUCGAAAUCUCCCAAAGUAGCCUUGCAUAAAAGACUGAUUGGCUCGGCUCGUCACUCCAUCCCCUUACUUGUACUGGGUCUCAUCCGUCUAUGGAGUGUAAAGGGCUUGGACUAUGCGGAACAUGUGACGGAAUAUGGCGUGCACUGGAACUUCUUCUUUACACUUGGCUUCUUGCCUCCUUUUGUGGAGCUUUUCGAUUCUUUGACUACAUUGGUUCCCUCCUACGAGGCACUUGCACUUGGCACUGCGGUCCUUUACCAAGUUGCUUUGGAGUCGACCGAUCUUAAGGGAUACAUUCUCGUGUCUCCUCGAGGACCAGAUCUGUUGUCUAAGAACCGUGAGGGUGUCUUCUCCUUUAUUGGGUACUUUGCAAUCUUCCUCGCGGGACGUGGUGUUGGAAUCCGCAUCAUUCCGCGUGGAACAUCGGCAACCAAAUCGCCUCAGCAGGCACGGAGAUCUAUCCUGGCAAGCUUGGUUCUGCAAGCUCUAUUCUGGUCGACCUUGUUCUUCUUCAACUCCACCUACGCCUUUGGCUACGGCGCCAAUAUUCCUGUGUCGCGUCGACUGGCUAAUAUGCCGUAUGUCCUCUGGGUGUCAGCAUUCAACAGCGCACAGCUAUUCCUGUUCUGUUUGACCGAGACUGUGUUCUUCCCGGCGGUCCACCGGGCCACCAGCAAGGAUGGCGAAGUAGAGCAGACUUCCUUCGCGACCAGUCGUAUUCUACACGCCUUCAACCGAGGGGGCCUUGGGCUUUUCUUGAUUGCGAACUUGCUUACUGGAGCAGUGAACCUGAGCGUUCCUACUCUGGAUCUCAAUACCCCACAAGCCAUGGGGAUUCUGAUUGUCUAUGCAGCAGUGCUCACUGGGGCUGCCUUGGGCAUGGACAAGUACAACAUUAAGCUGAGUCUGUAG